UGUAAGAAAAUAACGAUGUCAAAUCUUGUGGUAAAUCAACUCACACACCCGCAGCGCGUGCGUUUGCUUUAUAAAACCAUACUCCGCCUGCAUCGAGGAAUGCCCACAGAACUGCGUGCCCUGGGCGAUGGCUAUGUGCGAGACGAGUUCAGGAGGCAUCUCAAAUGUAAUCCGAUGGAGGCACAGCUCUUUAUGACAGAAUGGGCCCGCUAUGCUUCCACAAUUACCCAGCAGCUGGGCCUGCGAGGUAAGCCCAAGGGAGAGCUGGGCGAGGAAAUGGAUCCCAAUGCAGUGGAAAUGCUGAAGGAUGACCAGGUGGUGCAGCUCUACGAACUCAUGCUAGCCGCCAAGGGACUGGACGGCGAUACAAUCACGGCAGACGAUGUGCGCGGCAGUAGUAAAAGCAAAUAAAUGCACAAAUCGGUUUA